AUGGCCGACCCGGAGUCUGCCAGGGAAGAGAAGGCCAUCUCUGACCAUAAAGAGAACCUCAUGUCGGAUGUGGCUCGUGAUGCGGCCGAGCGCGGACAUCUGGCCACUGAUCAGUAUGGACAUCCCAUUGUCGAGUUUGACAAGGAGGCCGAGUCCAAGCUCAGGUUGAAGAUUGACCUGUACGUCGUGCCCACUGUGGCCCUGAUGUAUCUGUUCUGCUUCAUUGAUCGGGCAAAUAUCGGUAAUGCCAAGUUGGCCGGUUUUACCAAGGACCUUGGAUUGAAAGGCUAUGAUUACAAUGCUGUCCUGUCUAUCUUCUUUGUCGCGUACAUCAUUUUCGAGAUUCCGAGCAACAUCGCAUGCAAGUGGAUUGGACCUGGUUGGUUCCUGCCCGCCAUUACUCUUGGAUUCGGUAUCUGUUCGGUUGCAACUGCCUUCGUGCAUGACAUUCACGGUGCCUCCGGUGUCCGAUUCUUGCUCGGCAUGUUCGAGGCUGGUCUGUUGCCCGGUAUUGCCUACUACCUGAGCAGAUGGUACCGUCGCAGUGAACUUGCUUUCCGUCUUUCCCUGUAUAUUGUCAUGGCGCCUCUUGCCGGAGCCUUCGGCGGUCUCCUCGCUUCCGGUAUCCUCACUCUGGAUCACUUUGGCAGCCUCCGUAGCUGGCGCAUGCUCUUUGCCAUCGAAGGCAUCAUCACUAUCGGAAUCGCCCUCAUCGCAUUUGUGACCAUGACCGACCGACCCGAAACUGCCCGCUGGCUCACGCAGGAAGAAAAGGAUCUGGCCAUUGCACGAGUCAAGUCGGAGCGUAUUGGAACUACGGAGGUUCUGGAUAAGCUGGACCUGCCAAAGACCUUGCGCGGCAUCUUCAGCCCCGUCACUCUGACCAGUGCUUUCGUCUUCCUGUUGAAUAACAUCACGGUCCAGGGGUUGGGAUUCUUUGCGCCAACCAUUGUCCAAACUAUCUAUCCCCAUGCGUCCGUGGUGUCCCAGCAGCUGCACACCGUCCCACCUUACGUGGUGGGCGCGUUCUUCACCGUGUUGUUCCCUUUCCUCAGUUGGCGAUUCGAUCAGCGAUUGAUCUUCUUCGUUAUCAGCCCGCCCCUGAUGAUGACUGGAUACAUCAUGUUCUUGGCCAGUGAGGAUCCCAUGGUCCGGUACGGAGCCACUUUCAUUAUCGCUAGCGGAGCCUUUGCCUUUGGCGCUCUUUGCAACGCCCACGUUUCCGCCAACGUGGUCUCUGACACGGCUCGCUCUUCGGCCAUCGGUACGACUGUCAUGUUUGGCAACAUUGGUGGCCUGAUCUCCACCUGGUCCUUCCUGCCAUCCGAUGCGCCCAACUAUCACAUUGGCAAUGGUCUGAAUCUUGCAACCUCCUCCAUGACUCUCAUACUCGGUGCGAGCCUAUGGAUGUGGAUCUUGUGGGAUAAUCGCAGGCGUAGCAAGGUCGAUGUCAAUGCCGCGUUGGCCGGAUUGUCCCAGAAGCAGAUUCAGGACAUGGAUUGGCGCAACCCUGCGUUCCGCUGGCGCCCGUGA